GCAGCGACAGUCGACAGUCGCGAGCAGACGCACACGCACGGGCCGGCAUUUGACUCACUGGAGCGGCGCGGAUUGGAGUACUCCAUCAACACAUCAGCCGUCAGGUUGUCACCCAUGGAUAGGAGGCGUCGAGGAUGACGAUAGACGCGUUGCUGGCGCUGCUGAUGCCGCUUGCCCUGGUCCUGGCGCUCAACGACAACGACACCCAGCCAACCGGUGAGCCCGCCCACCACCUGCAGCAGCAGACUGACGUUCCCAUUGAAGUGGGGUUUAAUCCAGUUAAGAACGCAACGGCUUUCAACCUCAAAUUUCGUGACGUCGUAGAGCGAGACGAGGACUGGAGUUGGGGUGAACAGGACAAAGAAGAUGGAAACAAAACUACGUGCAUCGUCGUUUCCUGGGGCGUACGGAAGGAUGGGCUUCUGCUAGUGCGUUGUGGCCGCAACGAGGGCGACUAUCGUAUGGGCAAAAGCACACAGAAGGGGAAUCGAACCAAGCGGGACAGCUCGGCGAGGUGGAUUGGUUAUAAGUACGACCUGAAGUUGGUGCCCGCGGCGAAUAAGACUGAAGAGAAUCUUUUCUGUGGUAGCUUCCAAUGUGAUUCUGGAGAGUGUUUAAGAAGAGACGACGUUUGUGACACCGUAGAAGACUGCUCUGACGGAUCGGACGAGAAAAACUGUAAAGAUCCUACCCAACUGAGUGGAGCCCAAGCCGCACAACUGCUCAAGUUUGGCUCCGUCGUUUAUCCGAAAAGAAACAAGACGGCGAGCAGCAACAUCGGUGAUGAGGGAGGAGCGGCGAGCACGGCAAGCAGCAACACCGGUGCCGUCACGGACGAUGAAGACGACGCGGCGAGCACGGCGAGCAGCAUUACCGGUGCCGUCACGGACGGUGAAGGCGACGCGGCGAGCAACACCACCGACGCGAACACGGUCGAUGAAGGCAACCAAGAGGGCAAUGAAAGUAACCCGGAGAUCAGCAACAACCGAAACAUCAGGGAUGUUGGAUACGAUGAAGACGUCGAGGGUGACCUGGCAAGCAACACCACCGACUAUUACUUCUGGGACGGUGGAGGCGACAGCAGGGGGAUCCGUGCGGCCAGAGACGUUGACCUGACGGGCAACAAGACCAGCAGCGAAACGGACGAUGACAUGGGCACGGCGAGCAACAACACCGGUGCGAACACGGUCGAGGAAGGCAACGAAGAGGACAACCUCACCGGUAUCGUCGUCUCAAAAGGCGUUCUCCGCGAUGGUAUCGUACUAGUGCUAUUGAGCAAUAAGAGUAUAGCUCAGUACAGGAUGGACAAUUGGACGCACGGCCAGCACGACCUUGGGGUGAUAUCCAUCGAGGGUCCUAAGCCGGAGUCAUUAGACUGCUCACCUUACAAAACUUGUAACAAUGAGGUCUGCAUGAGGCAGAGUGAUGCUUGUAACAAGUUCGACGACUGUGGUGACAACUCAGACGAGGCAAGCUGUGACUAUGAGAAAAAAUCAAAAGACGGUUCUAAGCUGGAGCCUGGUUGGGAGAAGGAGAUCGCCGCCGGCGCGUCUUUCGUUGUCAUCCUGGUAGCCCUGGCAGUGGUGUGGUAUUUGCGUCGUAGACGACUGUUGAGGUGGCCGAGCACACCCUCAUUGAUACGUAAUCCGAUGUAUGACCCAACCGAUGUCACGUCCAAAUCUAGCCAACGGGACGUUGCAAUCAUUGACAAAAAUGACAUCACCUUUGACCAGGAGGGAAACUUGCUGGGGAGUGGAAAUUUCGGCAUGGUGUUUAAGGCUCAGCUGACAAAGCCGAACUGCACCCCACUGACCGUGGCUUUGAAGAAACUCAAGGAGCGUGCGACAAAUGCAGACGAAGAAGACUUCAAAAGGGAGGUGGAUAUAAUGACCUCGUUCGACGACCCAAACAUCGUGCAGCUAGUCGGGGUAGUGCAUAAGGACCCCGAGACCACGCCGCCCACCGUAUUGUACAUUGUAUUCGAGUACAUGCUCUAUGGAGACUUGCAAAAGGUCCUAAGAAGCUCUAAGCAGGGCCCAAUUCCGGGCCUACCCCCACUAACCGGAGGCACCCUGGUGAGCGUCGCGCUGCAGGUCGCCCGGGGCAUGCGCUACUUGGCAGAGCGGCGCUUCGUGCACCGUGAUCUGGCGGCCAGGAACUGUCUGGUCGGCGAGAACCUCACCGUCAAAAUCGCAGACUUUGGCAUGAGCAGGGACAUCUACAUGGAAGACUACUACAGGAUUCGGACACAUGGGCAAAUACCCGUACGGUGGAUGGCCCCCGAGACACUUCACGAUUACUGCUACACCUUAAUGUCGGAUGUAUGGAGCUACGGAGUGCUGCUUUGGGAAGUCUUCACUGCGGGUCAAACCCCAUACUACCAGUACAACAACCAACAGGUAAUUGGAUUAAUUCAAAACCAUAUACUGCUGCCGGUAUCGGAAUGCACUGACUGUCCUCAAAAGGUCAUUGACGUGAUGAGAGGCUGCUGGAAAAAGAAGCCGGAAACUCGUCUUAGAUUUACCAAGAUCUGCGCGCGUCUGGAGAAUGCGUACAAGGAUUUUUUUGUUUCGGUUGACAAUGAGUACUAUCAGCAGGAAUUAAGUGGGGAUGUGCCUCGACGGGGCGAUAUUCCAGGGACAUCUUGUUGCGCGAAUAGUUGUAGGAAAAUACUCUAGUAUAUAGAUAAAAAUGUA